GUGGCCCAUUUGCACUGCUGCUGGCAGCCGAGGAAGGGAUCAUGUAAGGCAUCGCGCAGACUCCCCCGCCCAAAAAAAAAAAAAACCCUAAAACAACAACAACAACAACAUAAACCAGAUUUCAAAGCGAGGGAAAGAGCAACUUUAGAGAUGUGGAUCUAUUUGGGUGAUUCGCUGCUCCUCGUGCCACCGGCUCGCCCCGUCCUACGCUGUCGACACCGGUACUAUUGCAUCGCCGCCGAUUUGGACUAGGAUCCCGCCCGGUGGAGGAGGAGGAGGAGGAGGAAGGUGCUGUCCCGAACACUUGACGCCCGUGCUGUAUGGAUGCUGCAUCCGUUCGGAUCGCCGAGAAGAGCGCCAAUGGGAAUGCCGCUCCAAGAUCUCAUGCCAUUCACUUUAAGUUGUUGGCCUCUCCUCUUGGCUCACUGCCUUCUCUCGCUGCUCUUACUCACAUGUCAGGGAGAACUCCAGAGGCCAUGCUCGCAGACCGUGGCAGAGAAAGUUAGCCAACAGUGCCAGCUGGCGUGCCACUGUAGAAGAUACCCUCCACUUCCCCCACCGCCACCUCCCCCGCCUCCCCCACGGCUAUUGGGCACCAUAGCGGCAGAACCAAUGGUGCCCUUGGUGAGACCCUGGUGGACAGACAUGGACUUUAUAGUGCUGGGAAUAGUGGGCUGUGCCUCGGCACUCUUCCUUCUCUCAGCCAUCAUCAUUUGCUACAAGGCCAUCAAGAGGAAACCGCUACGUAAGGAAGAGAACGGGACAAGUCGCGGGGAAUACGCUAUGAGCAUCCGCACCAAGAAGGCCAUGGGUACAAACAACACUGUGGUAUAGACUUGACUCCAGCUCGGAACAGGAAGUGACAGCAUUCGUCAUCUUUCAGGCCCACCCCCUUUUCCUCAGUGACCCCCUUCUCACCCAGAAUGCAACAGAGUUGCAGGAAACCCCUCCUUCU